ACUACAAUCCCCACAAUGCAGCUGGCUCGUCGUCGUUGCUCCUCCGCUCACAUCCGCUCCGCUCGCUCUGUUGGGGAAAAAGGACUUUGUGAAACUGCGGCGAUGUCAGUUCAGGUUGUGGCAGCGAAAAUGGCAGAGGUCGAACUGAAAGAUGUGGCCGCCGGCAAGUCCUUACAGGUUGACUCUCCGGUCACACCGACCUUGGAGGGCAAGAAGCUCGUCAGGAAUGACCUGCAUGAAGCGCCGUCCCCGACGGCGGAGCUCUCCGACAAAGCCGGAGAGGAGAGCACGGGCUUACUCACGCCGAACGCCGCCAAGAUGCCGCAGGCUUCGGCUAUGAAGCGCACGGACCCGCAGCAGAACGGCGGGGAGGCUUUUGUGAACCGUGACGGGACGGUCGCCGAAGCACCUCGUAUGAAAAAACAGAUUCAGUUUGCAGACCAGAAACAGGAGUUCAACAAACGGCCCUCGAAGAUCGGCCGCCGCUCGCUGUCCCGCUCCAUCUCCCAGUCCUCCACAGACAGCUACAGCUCAGCAGCGUCAUACACAGACAGCUCUGACGAUGAGACGUCUCCCCGAGACAAGCAACAGAAGAACACAAAGGGCAACGGAGACUUCUGCAUCAAAAACAUCAAACAGUCCGACUUUGGACGCCGAGAAAUUGAAAUUGCAGAACAAGAGAUGCCGGCCCUGAUGGCUCUGAGGAAGCGAGCACAAGGGGAGAAACCCCUCGCUGGUGCCAAGGUGGUGGGCUGCACCCACAUCACCGCCCAGACUGCUGUGCUGAUGGAGACUCUGUCAGCUUUGGGGGCUCAGUGCAGAUGGGCAGCCUGUAACAUCUACUCCACCCAGAAUGAGGUGGCGGCUGCUUUGGCAGAGGGAGGUUUCAGUGUGUUUGCUUGGAAGGGUGAGUCAGAGGAUGACUUCUGGUGGUGCAUUGAUCGCUGCGUCAACGUGGAGGGCUGGCAGCCCAACAUGAUUCUGGAUGAUGGUGGAGACCUGACUCACUGGAUCUAUAAGAAAUACCCCAACAUGUUUAAGAAGAUCAAAGGCAUAGUGGAGGAGAGCGUCACUGGUGUGCACAGGUUGUACCAGCUUUCCAAAGCAGGGAAGCUUUGUGUUCCAGCUAUGAAUGUCAACGACUCGGUGACAAAGCAGAAGUUUGACAACCUUUACUGCUGCAGGGAGUCCAUAUUAGACGGACUGAAAAGGACAACUGAUGUUAUGUUUGGAGGCAAGCUGGUGGUGUGUGGAUACGGAGAGGUGGGGAAGGGCUGCUCUGCUGCCCUCAAAGCGAUGGGGUCCAUCGUCUACGUCACGGAGAUCGACCCCAUCUGCGCCCUUCAGGCCUGCAUGGACGGCUUCAGGCUGGUGAAGUUGAAUGAAGUCAUCAGACAAGUGGACAUCGUCAUCACCUGCACAGGCAAUAAGAACGUGGUGAUGAGAGAGAACCUGGACCGCAUGAAGAACGGCUGCAUUGUCUGCAACAUGGGUCACUCCAAUACUGAGAUCGAUGUGGCGAGUCUGCGGACUCCUGAACUGACCUGGGAGAGAGUACGCUCCCAGGUGGACCAUGUCAUCUGGCCAGACGGCAAGAGAAUAGUCCUGCUGGCAGAGGGUCGUCUGCUGAACCUCAGCUGUUCCACUGUGCCCACUUUUGUGCUAUCCAUCACAGCCACUACCCAGGUAGAACAACCAGUUAACAUAUUAAAGUAACUUAUUUUUGUAU